AUGUCCGGUCAAUCCAGCGUGGGCAGCAGCCACCUCUACGAAGCCGGCGACCAGCGCAACGUCCCUCAGGCCGAACUUCAUGAGCGUGAUCGCUACAAGGAGGGCGAGAAGCACAGCCACAAGAACCUCGACUCGAAGGACAACCGCUCCAUAGCCAACAAGCUCGCCUCCCAGGGUCAGAAGCCGGAUCCUAGCCACCACCACAACAAGGACUACGAUCCGGAAGCUGCCAUCAGCCAGAAGGACUCCACGAAACCUGCAAAACUCCACGGCAAUGAACCCUCCAAGGGCGCCAAGAUCGACCAAGAGCUGCAAGAAGAAGAUGAGCAGCGCUUGAGAGAGAAGGGUAUCAAGAAAUAA